AUGCCUGAAUUGGAGAUUGUUAACGAUGGCUCGAUAUAUGGUCAAAGAUCGAGUAUGAAAAAACAAUAUUUAAACCCACCUAAUGGCGACAGCAUUGGAUCUAGGCGGAGUAGCGUUGCUCUCCCAAAUUCUAACCCUAAUGAGGAGAUAAAUCUUGAGAACACCCCGACGCCUACAGAAGAUGUAACGAAGCGAAAGAAAAGUUCAAGAUCCGGUAUUUUUGAAUUGGCACAAAUGCGAGAGACCGGGAAAAAUCUGAGAGACGUAAAUGAGCCGCAAGGAGCGGGAGAUAAACAAGCUGAUCCUACCGAACGCGUUUCGACCAGAGCAACAUGGGCAAAAACAAAGUCAAGGAGAACAGAAAGCCCUCCUAAAGAAAAUGGGCCAUCUGAGCACUGUUUGACAAACCCACUGGCACGAGAAGCUAAAGGGAAACCAAACUUGUCAGCAGAAAUCCGAUCAUGUUCUGCUGAGAACAGCGAACCAGAGCCAGGCCGAGCAACAUGGAGAAAGUCCAAGAGAGAAGAUCUUACUAAAGCGGAUACUAGUCAUAUAGAACUAUUCACGGGAAAGUCAACAAAAACAUCUCCAGUGACGAUGCAGUCACCAGCGGUAGUGUUAAAAGACAUAAAACUACCUCAAGGAAGAAUAACAAGGUCAAUUACUAGAAGAAUGAGAGAAGAAUCUAAGAAGGCUGAGGAAAUAUCAGUACCUGUUUCAAGUAGCCCUAUAAAAGCUGGACCUAGUGGACCUGAAUAUAAUAUUGCUAUUCGCGCGAGAAGAUCAAGUUUUAGUCGCACUCGCACCGAUGAAGGUCUUGAAGGUCAGUAA